AUGAGAAGGUUUAGCCUUCUCUACCAUAGUCAAGAGAAGCUGAAUAAGGCUAAGGAGAUAUACCAGCGAGUACUGGUAGGCUAUGAGAAGGCCCUCGGUCCAGAUGAUACAUCGACUUUAAGUACUAUUGGCAAUCUUGGUAUUCUUUAUAGAGAUCAAGAGAAGCUGAAAAAGGCAAAGAAGAUGUAUUAG